AUGGAGGAUGUAGACGAUGCAGAGGGAGACAUGGAGAACGAGGAGGAAGACAACGACGACGAUCAAGAGGAUAACGACCGCGAGGAGACAGGCGAUGAUGCGCAAGAGAAGGGCGACGACGCAGCUGCAAGAGAUGCAAGAGUGCCUUCUAGAGCUGGUUCGGCUGGCGCGGGAGGGUCGCCGGGGAUAAAGAGCGGAUCACCACUGCUGUCCUCAAGUCUAUUCCCAAGCGUCCGACCCGAAGCCGUGAAUGCUCGACUGUACGAUAUUGUGCCUACGAUGGCUGCGCCGCAGGCAACGAGUGUGAACGCAGUCGCCAUCACGCCCGAUCUUCGCUUCUGGAUGACAGGAGGCUCCGACGGCUAUAUCCGAAAGUACGACGGGCCUGGUACAAUAAACGGCAAACAACUCCUCACAGUGGCGCAAAGACACCCCUUUGUCGAUAGUGUCGUCAAGGCGGGCAUUUUGAUGUCAUACUGGGAGAAUGAGGAACCCGGACCGCCGAACCCAAGAGGGAACGAGGAACACAUCCUAUCGCCCGUUUACUCAUUGGCUGUCCACUCGCAGGCGCUAUGGCUACUUUCAGGUCUCGAAUCUGGUGGCAUCAAUCUCCAAAGCGUAAGGCACGAUGAAGGAAAGCGCAUAACAUGCCUGCAACAACACACUAAUGCUGUGAGCGUGUUGACACUGGCACAAGACGAGAAGAGCGUCCUAAGUGGCAGCUGGGACAAGAACAUUUUCGACUGGGAUCUCAACACUGGCGCUGUCAAACGUUCUUACGACGGCAGCGGAGGUCAAACUUCUGCUAUCGAGCUUCGUCCAGUAAAUGGUGCACCAAUUCCUGCCGAGGCAAUGGAGGAAGAAAUCAAACCUGACCCAACCUUUACCUCGAAUAACAGCAAACCUCCUCAAAACGGCACCGUAGACGAUACCAACGGCAUCGAAGCCCCGCCUCCUGCGAUGGCUGGCGAGGGCGCUGAGGGACAAGCGUCACCCGCACAUGAGUCGCUCUUUGGUGGCAGUGACACUGGCUCACUCUUUGGCGAUAACGUCGCAGGCAAUUAUGGCGGCGAUGACGAUGACGAAUUUUCGAGGGCGAUGGGAGAUAUGGGAAUGCCCACUCUCCAUGAUGGCUCAGGGCAGGACGGCGGUAUGGAUCACUCUGCCGAUAUCGAUAUGACAAAUGCCUUCAACGCCGAUGCCACCUCUGCGCCAGCAGUCCAGGCACCAGGAAGCAGCAGUCCCGAAGCCGCAAGAAAUCAGCCCCCAGCACCAGCUGUAGAUACGACUGCGACAGAUGGUCCCUCGGCGUUAGACGGCGCGGGCGAUGCUACGGCGCAGCUGCCUGUCCCCGACUUUCCAGAAAUUCCUCCUCUACCCGAUACGCAGACAGAUGACGCGAACCCCGGAUCACCCUCCAUGAUUUUCGCCUCGGAUCCUCCUCCCCCGGCCAUGGACCCAACUCAGUCAGCGGACACGGUCUUCUUCUCCGCAGCCAUUGAUGGCAAUAUCAGAAUAUGGGACCGGCGUGUUCAAGACCCCGUCGCAAGGAUAGGCAGUCAACGAGGCGUGCCGCCUUGGUGUAUGGGUGCCUGCUGGAGUCCUGACGGCAACUGGAUUUACGCCGGCAGGCGAAACGGAACGGUGGAGGAGUACAGCAUCCACAAGGCCAGAAGUGGCUGGGCGCCAGAGAGGACUCUCAAGUUCCCGGCCGGAAGUGGAGCCGUAAGUGCGGUUCGAGCCAUGCCGAAUGGCCGUCAUCUCGUCUGUGCUUCCCAUGAUAUUCUUCGCCUGUAUGAUCUCAAGGACAUGCGGGCUUUCAAGCACUCCACCGUCCCCUUCCUGAUUAUUCCUGGCCCGCCUAGAGCUGGUGUCAUUUCCUCACUCUACAUUGAUCGAACAUGCCGCUUCAUGAUCUCGACUGCUGGAACGCGCGGUUGGGAAGGCACGAGCACCGAGGUUCUGAUUGGAUACGAGAUCGGCGUCACCGAAGAAAAAUAG